UGGAUGACAAGAAAAUGUAAUCCACACGGGUCUCUCAACCAACCAGAAAGAGGGACCUUCCUGGCCCCCAGAAAAACCAAAAAAAACCAACUCACCCGUACACACUGCCACACGUAUCUCUCUCUCUAUCCCCCCAUCCCAUACUCCCACCACCACCAUCUUGUCACCAUUAUUCUAUUCGUUUGUUUAUUUGGUGAUUCUGUUGGUUGUUCGUUUGGAAUCAUUGCCAUUGAAUUGCAUUGCAUUGCUUUUUUGCAUUUUCAUUUUCAAUUGGGCUUCGUUUUCCUCCAAUUUUUAUUUUUAUUUAUUAUUUUUUUUUUCCCUCUUCAGCUUCCCACAUUGUUAUCUUGAUUUUUUCCAUCUCAAACAGAAACCCCGCCAUUCUCACAUUUUCUAUGUCAUUUGCCCAUUUGUGGGUUUUUAUUGUUUCUGGCUUUGUUCUGUGAUCGCAUCGUCUGCUUGUUUUUGCUGAUGUGUGCAUGGGUUCUUUUGGGUUGUUCUUCAAUUUCAUGGAGCUUUGUGGCUUUUGGUGAGCGCUGCAAACCCAUAUGUCAGCUUCUUGGAUGAUCUUCUCUUUGGUAGCCUUCUGGGGUUUCUUUUGAAAUUUCUAUCUGUUUUUGCUUCUUGUGCUAGUGCAUUUUACAUUGACUUGAGAAUUGAGUGAAUCGCUCUUGAGAAUUUAAUGUCUUUUGAUCUUUCUGGUUGUGUUACUUGUAUUCUUGUUCAAUGUAUAGGAGAUGAAACAGGAAAAUGAAGAGUGGAAAAAGUAGCAGAUAUUACAGAAGAGAAUUAAGAUCUGCUAGUCAAACUUAUAGUUCAAUGAAUGUGUUGACAAUGGCAAUGUCAAAAAAGACAGUCAUGGCUAUAAAGUCUUACCAAAGUCAGGCUGAGGUGUUGGUUAAAAACUACUUACUUUCAGACCCCUUUAUACCGUAUACUUCCAUUCUUGGUGGCAUAUUUUUGUGCAAAUUGGUCUAUGAUCUAACCCAGUUAAUCAGUACCUUUUACUUCAAGAGUUAUGCUAGUCUAACAAAAAUGCAACGCAUCGAGUGGAACAAUCGAGGUAUCUCGACUGUUCAUGCCAUUUUUAUAACUGCUACGUCCUUGUACUUUGUCUUCUGGUCAGAUCUGUUUUCUGACCAACAGCUUGCUGGAAUUGUUACAUUUCGAAGCUCACCAAUGUCUACUUUCGCAUUAGGGGUUUCUGUUGGAUACUUCAGUGCUGAUCUCUUAAUGAUUCUAUGGCUAUACCCCUCUCUAGGUGGAAUGGAGUAUGUUGUCCACCACUCUCUUUCCGGAAUUGCAGUGGCCUAUUCCAUGUUAUCUGGAGAAGGUCAACUUUAUACAUUCAUGGUCCUCAUCUCCGAGAUUACUACUCCUGAGGUCAAUAUGAGAUGGUAUCUCGAUACAGCUGGUAUGAAGAGGUCCAGUGCGUAUCUCAUUAAUGGCAUUGCCAUUUUUUUUGCAUGGCUGGGCGCGAGAAUUCUGCUGUUUGGUUACAUGUUUUACCAUGUCUACUUGCAUUAUGAUCAGGUUAUCCAGAUGCAUAUCUUUGGAUACUUUUUGGUCUUUGUGGUGCCAUCAGUUUUAGCUACAAUGAAUUUGAUGUGGUUUGGCAAGAUUCUUAAGGGAUUAAAGAAGCAAUUAGCUAAGAGGCAGUGAUAUUGAUACAUACACCGCAUGUCAGUUUCAACUUUCAUGUGCAUUAUCCAUAUUUUUGGUUGUAUAAAAUGAUAGGAACGUAUCACUGUAAAUGUUUCAAGAUGCAUUACACGUUGCUUGAAUCUGUCUCUGCGAGCUUGCUUUUCUUGUUGGCAAAGUUUAUGCAGCAAUUCAAAGUACUCCUAUAUUUAUUUAUGUUAAACAAAGAAA